UUUAUUAUCAAACGUUGGUCCCGUCAUCGACGAUCAUAUCGGUACUACGCUCGCUGAGAUUGAUCAUAUCUAGCACUCUGGACGUGAUGACGAGCAUCAUGGAGGUCCUUUCUCCUCUUCCGCCUUCCCCACCACGCACGUCCCCUCCUGCCGCCACUUCCCCAUCUUUCUGGUUCCGCAGCCCCCAAGCCUCGCCCACCCGCUCCCCGCAGCGUUCUGCGCUCUUCGUCCCUCCAGCCCCCGUCCCAACCCCCCCAGUCAUCACCUCAGACAUUUCUGCGCAGGAAAGCAACCAGCCGAAUAACGGGGCAGCUGAUGAUGUAGACUGUAGCCGGCCUUCUCCAGGCGAUCCGCAGGAGGACGGCAGGGAGGGUGCCAACAAAGAACGGCCUCGGGCCAGCUCCUCAAGCGAGUCGGGAAACGUUGAUCCCGCGUUGGGGGCAUCGUCCUCACUCCAAGCCUACCUCAACACCAUCCCUCCCAUCUGGCGCGAGGUCCCUCCCACUCCGCCCACCUCCUCCCACAACUCCACCUCGACGUCCGCAGCGUCCCCCGGGGCCCGCCGUCGUGCUCGUGCCUCCGCCGCCUUUGAGCCCUCAAGUCUUUACCACCACAACUCACGCCACUCCUCCAGCGACGACUCGACGGCUUCACAGCCCGCGAACGCCAUACUCAACGGCCAGGACGGCGACGAAGACGAGGAACAAAGCGGCGAAAUGGGCCCGGGUACGCUGAAAAAGAAGGACUCUCGGCGAAGAAUGUCCUACCCCGUACUAGGCACCUCGCCCAGCCCUCCGGAUGUCCCCCCGCUGCCCGGACUCCUCACGCACACGAGACCUGAUGUUGUUAACGAUUCGCCCCAAGGUCCCAGGUCCAAAGUUUCUAAGCCCCGUCAUUCGCCAGAUCCCGCGCUCGACCUCGCUGUCGAAAGCGCUCAAGCCGAGAAACGACUGUUCCACAUCGUGGGCGACGACGUCGGCUCGGACGAUGAAGACCAUCCAGACACGGAACCGUCUGCCAGGGUAAACGAUGAAGAGACGGAUCGAAGGGAGAAGAUGAAGCUGAUUCGACGGUAUCAUGCACUCACCGAAUUGCUAACGACCGAGGUCGGCUACCUGGUUGAUCUGAGAGCUCUGGUCAAUAUAUACCUUGAGCAACUGCCUCUCCUCACCACGACCGGUCGCACCCUCUCGUACAACAACUUGUCCCGCUCGUCGACCGCGCACUCAUUACGCUCUGCUCGCUCUAUCGCCGCAAACCUUUCCCGUCACAACAAUCAACAACCUUCUACGCCCACGUCUUACUCCAUGUUCGACGCUCACCCUCCAAACUCACCAUCGACCCCUCCGACCCCUCUUGCUACGUCAUUUCCUCCGUCCACGACCGCGACACGACCGUUUCCAAUGACUUCAACAUCUUCUCCAGCCACGACAAGGGAAUCCAAACAUAAGGAUAAAUCCAAUCGCUCACAUCCGAUCCUCGACACAGAAAAUCUUGACGCCAUUCGAAGGAACGCAACUCAACUUCUCAAUUUUCACGAGGAUUUCCUCACCAAGUUACGAACCGCACUUGAUCCCGUAGGUUUCCCGAUGGUCAGCGAAGAGGACAUGAAGAAGGAAAGGUCCAGUGGAGAGAUGAGUACGAUCUUGGGCCUUGGUGGAGACCUACUCGGAGGAGACUUGUUCUCUCCUGGGGUACAGAGCGGGGUGGUGAGGAAGUUGCAGGAUGCAAUUGUGGCCGUCACCACCGUAUUCACGACGCAGGCUGCCCUAUUCAACAUCUAUCAAGAGUUUUGUUCCGGUCAUUUCGUCGCGAUCGACGUGGUCCGUGCGGCUCAGACCCAAUUUCCUUCGGAAUGGGGAGCAUUCGAGACGCGAUGCGCGCGCCGUGUAGGCGAUAUGCUUGCAGGUCUGGAAACGCCUGCCUCUCCGUCAGGUGAGAUUGUUGAGGAGAAGGCGAGGGAGGGUCGGAAGCGUAAGAAGUCGGAGAAGGACGAGAAGAGAGGGAGGGAGAAGAGGGAGAAAUUGGCGGCAGCGUCGGCCGCGGCCAUGAAGAAGAGACGACACUCGAUGUCUUCGCUCGCGGUACCCAGUUUCUCGCCACUUUCGCAUGCUCCACCGAAUGAAGGUCGCGGCCUCUCGCCUGUGCGUUCGAAUGCGGAUCUGAAGGAUGCAGUAGCUGAUCAUAUCGAGGAUGCUGAGGAAUCGAUUGAUAGUCAUCGCGCGGGCAGUCUGGAUAUGAAGGAACGUUCAGCAGAGGGCAAGUCGGGGAGGGAGAGAAGGUUGCCCAAGCUGAAAUUCAACGACUAUAUCAUCAAGCCCAUCCAGCGUCUUUGCAAGUAUCCACUCCUUCUCGACGCCAUGCUCUCCUCUCCACCAGUCCGAAGUCCGCCUCCGAUGUCCUCUUCAUCUUCCGGAUGCCUCGUCGAUCGGGAGUUACCGUUACCCUCUGGGCCGGACGUGGUCGUCGCGAGCGCUACACAGGCGAUGCGCCAUGUUGCCGCCUUGGUCGACCAAUCAAAGCAUACGUACGAUCAGACUGUGAAGGCUACGACGAUCCUGGACAGAUACACUACGACGGCACCGUCGUUGCUUUCGUUCUUGAAGACGGCGGGUCCGGUGUCGAUGGCAGGCUCUCUGGGCGUCGUGUUUGGGACGGGUCGGAGGCUGAGUGAGAUGGGAUCCGGACUUCUGAACGCAAAGUAUCUGGGCGCGUUCUUAUACGAGGCGGGCUAUCUGGUACUAGCAAAGGUGUCGAAGGGGAAGUACGAACCGCGGCACUGGUUCACUCUGGCUGGCAUGACACUGGAUCCUCUGGAGGGCGAGGAAGCUCUCCUCGGCAAGAACACAUUUCGGUUACGCGGACAAGGUCAUGAGUUCGAGUUCUCGACGUUUUCGCCAGGCGAGAAGGAUAUCUGGAUGUCGGCGUUCAGGGAUGCCCGGGAUGCAAGGCCACUGUGGACACCCUCUGAAGCGCCUUCCAGUUUGCAUAUGGACCCAGGUGUGGGAGAGAUGCAACGGGAGUAUGAGAGCUCGCCAAUGGAAUCGAUUGCACCCCUUCCGAAUAUCCAAUCCACCUCUGGUGUCGAGAUCGAACGUCUGAAGACCGCUCCGACGUCUUACAAGGCCACUCGACCGACUCUGCGAACGGAUCCCUCGUUCAAGAGCGAGGCCACCGCGCCGAGUCGCCGUUCGUCUACCGCGUCUGUCAUACAGUUCUUCUGCUCCACGCCAGACUCCAGCGUUCGCGUCGAUUGGCCUUCGAAGGAGUCAUGGGCGCAAGUCGAGCGCGAUAUAGGCGAUGUGAUCAAUGCCGAUCUGCAAGCUGCUCGAGCGGUGGCGGAGGCGCUGGGGCAAGUCUCACCGGAUAGGCCAAAGCAGUAUUUGGGCCCGACGACUUCUGGGGUGGGGAUAGCGGGCGCGAUGGGUGUUGCUGCGCGCAACAAGUUGACGAAGCGCGAGAGCGUGCUCGUUAAGAGGCGGAAGAGCAAUAUGGAUUUCCAGGCCGAAGAGCCUCCUGUGCCGCCCCUUCCGGCUUCGGUGUCGGCGAACAUGACGAGCAAGCCAGGCAAGAAGGCGAAGAACAGGAAGCCGCCGAAACUUCAGGCCGUGGAUAUCUUCAGCGCCAACGCUGGUCCUGAUAGUGUCGAUGACGGCGGUAUUGUCGUUCAGAGUCCAGAAAAUACGCCAGACUCGCCGACUUUGCUGUCUCAGUGUUCUUGUACUGACGCUUCGCAUGGCGGCUCCAGUUCUGUCAGCCCGGCCGUGGAGACACAUCCCCGCCCAGGACGGGUUAACUCAGACGCAAGUUACGACAUUGUGAACGUGCACGCUGUGGAGAGUUACAAGCCUCAACGUUCGCGAUCCAUGAUCGACAACGUCCGUGGAUUCUUCCAACAAACGAACGUACCUCUUGCGCGCACCGUCUCUAUCUCUCGUCUUCCGUCACCGUUCACACCGAUUACUGGCCCAGACACUAUACCCCAGAGACCUGCCGCUUCGAGCACACCGACGAUGGAGACUGUCCGACGCAAGUGGCGUCAGUCGAUCAGACGUCGAGUCGGUAGCGACUCGAGGAUAUCUUCUGCCGAGCACCCUACUGCUUCGACGUCAGAGCCUCUUCUACCUGCGCGCCCUACUCCGCUGGAGACUAUACACUCUCCCGGUGAUGAGCUACAGGGCUUGGAUGGAAUCAUGACUCCAAGGGCUAAUGGUCCACAAUUCAACGACUACAUGACACGUCCGCGGAUGGCAGGAGAACAUUCUCGACAUACUUGGGAUCUCAGCGACUUCCCCGUGGCCCGGAGUUUCUCGCCGAGUCACAGCGAAAGCUUUACGACGAUGAUGGCCUCUGCACACCCUCUCGUUUCGUCCCCCGACGAAGUUGAGCUUCACAGUACGGAGCGAGCAAGUUCACCCGGUCAUACACUCCCUUCACCAUUGUUCGCACCGCCCUCACUCCCACCACCAUUGACACCCCCUUCCACGUUGUUCUCUUCGACAGCGAAGAGGCCGAGCUCGAGUUCGAAGUUGAUGAGUUUUCUCACGUUUUCGCGUUCGCCGUCGGAUGACCCCGAGUCGUGAUUCGAACGCAUCGAUAUAGUUUCUUCUCCCUAUACAUAGACGCUUGAACAUACUAAUAUUAUUCCUGUGCAUCAUCACUCAUGGCUUUUCACCUGUACAAACUCCCCCAGUCAUAUAUUUCCUGCAUCUCUCCCCAUUUGCAUCUGAUCGCCGCAUAUACGCACAGAUUCAGCACCUACAUUACUUGUCACAGUUUAUUCUAUGCGAUAGUACCCUCUUCUUUUCUCUGUCUCGCACCAUUGAUGCCGUCGAUCCAUCUCACCAUACAUCUGCGUACCCCACACAUCUACC